GGAGUAAGGAGGACCGCGGCUGCGCCGCCAUCGUUGGAUCCCGGCGGCAAUGGCCGAGGUUCAGGUGGCGGCGGGUCCGGCGGAGAAGGAGCGUGAGGAGGAGUCGGUGUCGUGGACUCCCGAGGUCGAGGUCUGCCUCUUUCACGCCAUGCUAGGUCACAAGCCCGUAGGGGUUAACCGACACUUCCACAUGAUCUGUAUCCGGGACAAAUUCAGCCAGAAUAUCGGCCGCCAAAUCUCCUCCAAGAUAGUUUGGGAGCACCUCAACGUCAUGUACGACAUGCAAGCACUGCACGAGUCAGAAAUCCUGCCUUUUCCAAACGGUGAGCGGAAUUUUGUUCUACCUGAAGACAUCAUCCACGAGGUGAAGGAAGGCAAGGCUGGGGCAGAGGAGGAGCUGAAGGCCGAGCUGAAGGAGGAGUUGCCGGAGCUGGCAGUGACUGAGGAAGGUAACGCCAAGGUGGCAGAGAAGCUGAUGGUGAAAGAGAAGAUGUCCGUGGCAGGCGAGGCAGGCACCAAGGAAGUGAUCGACAAGCGGAAGAGAAACCGAUCCACAGCCAGCCUCCUGAGUGUGAACAGUAAUCCAGCGAGCCCCAGCGGUGCCAAGCGCAGGCGGGUGUAAGAUCCGCAGGAUUGGAAUCUCCAGCUGUCCAGCAGCAAGACUGAGGAAAGGAGGGACAGUGACCACGAGGUCUGUAACCCCAGCAGGCCAGCCACGGGGCAGAUGCCCCAUUGUCCCUCAAAGGUGGCUUUGUUAAUCUGUCAGAUCUUUGUUCAAUUCUUCAGCCCCCAUUCUGUUGCACUCCACCCUGUCCAGGCCAUCAGAUGUGAUGUUCAAUGCCUUCUGGCAGACAUUCCCAAAUUUCUGGAACUGUGCUGGACCCAUGGGGGUGGGGGGAGAUUGAGGGAAGGUGUUUCCAUUUUGGCCUAUUGUAAUUGUUCAAUUGUCUCUUCACUUCUAGUUGUGAAUGUAUUUGUGUGUGGUUUUUUAAAAAUAAUUUCUAAUUAAAACCAGCUUGGUGAUAUCUGGCUGGGAAUGUCCAUGUGAAAUUCACUUAGAAUUAUAGAUCAUAAGGUACAGGAGCAGAAUUAGGCCAUUCAGCCUGUCAAAAGUCUGCUCUACCGUUUAGUCAUGUCUGACUUUUCUCAACCCCAUUCUCCCGCCUUCUCCCUGUAACCUUUGACGCCCUUGCUAAUCAAGAACCCACGAACCUCAGCUUUAAAUAUACCCAAUGACUUGGCCUCUCCGCUGCGCAUGGUAAUGAAUUCUACAGAUUCAACACCCUCUGGCUAAAGAAAUUCCUCCCCAUCUCCAUUCCCAAUGGAUGUCCUGCUCUUCUGAGACCAUGCCCUUUGGCACAUGACUCUCCCGCUAAUGAAAACAUCCUCUCCGCACCCACUCUAUCCUUUCAGUGUUGCAUAGGUUUCGAUGAGAUCUUCCCUCCCCCGAACUCCAUCACAUACAGGCCCAAUACAGAAACAGGCUGUUUGGCCCAUCGUCCCGAUGUUAAUCUUGUGUCCCAUCUCUGCUAAUCCCAUUUCAGAAUCAGAAUCCUUUAUUAUCCCCAGGUAUGUGGACGCAUACAGGGAAUUUGAUGCCCGUUUCCCUGAGCUCUCGCUGUACAGAAUAAAAAAGCAAACAAAACAAUAGUGCAAAUAACCAUGAACUAUAUACAAUGAGGUAUACCUGUGUAUGUACAGGUGGACUUGGUUUAUAAUAGACUAAAAUUCAAGUGUUCAUAAAGACUGAUGGAUACAGAAAGAAACUGUUCUUGUACCUAUUUGUC